AUGGAAUAUUGUACAGGUGCCCGUAUCAAACACACCAAGGACAUACCUCCAGCCUCUUCGAAUCUGCUACUUGGUCUCAUCAUCGACCUCAGCCAUGGUGGCUUCUUUAUCACGCUCGACGAGUCUCGACGUCAUCGACUCAUUUCCAGUCUCACCGACAUUAAAACCAGAAGAGCGAAGAUCUCUUCAAAACUGGCUGGGAAACUGACCUUCGCCGCCGAGGCCUUCCUAGGCAAGGCUGGACGUGGGUUCAUCCGUUCCCUCAUUCGGUCGUCACUCGGCCUACACGUGCCCGAUGCCACUCUCGUGGCUAGUAUCGAGUCUCUCCUCUAUAUCCUCCACAAACCCAACAUCUUUACCAGGAACCUCGUCAAUGAACUACGUCUCACACCUCAACGACUAAUAUGCUAUGCUGAUGCUACCGGCGACGGCAACUUGGGAUUCUUCUCACCUCCAUCUGCUCCACACCAAGCGGUUUACGGUUUCGUGAACAUGGCCCAACACUACACCUCUUCAAGGCCUCACAUCAAUAUCCUUGAGCUCCUUGCAGGUGCCAUCGCAGUUCACACACUCUCUGCAACUACUCGACCUGGGACGGCUUUCAUCAUACUCUUCCUAGACAACACCGUCGCUGAAUCUCUCAUCUACACGGGUUCAAGCUCUUCUUCCCAACUCAACCAUGCAGCCUCCCUCUUUUGGUUGAACGUUGCCAACUUACCCAUAUACAACGUUUUCAUCAGUCGUGUGAGUUCUUCUCUGAACCCGGCAGACUCUGUCAGUCGUCAUGACUUUGAUCAGCCAUGGUUAGAAGACGCAAAGUCUAUCCCCAUCUCAUUACCACAGUGGACAUUAGAUGUCUUAUGA